UCAUCGCGUUCGGUAAACCGAACAUGUACUCUAAAUUUAUUGCGACUGGCGCUAGCGUCGAUUUUACGGAGCAACAUCCACUCCCAGGAGGUUUAACAAGUGCGUGCUAUAAAUAUCAGUUGACGGUUGAUUUCGCAUGUUUACUUUUGUGUUUUUUAUUAUAUUAUAAGGGUAGUACAAUGUCUUCAAAGAGGCCACUUACUGAUCAAGAACUGUUAGAUAUAAUAGAUCAAAUGUCCGAUAUUGAAGGGUUUGACGUAGAAGAAGGUGAUGAGGAACUAGAUUUUAGAGAUUUUGAAGAGUUUGAAGAAAGAGACCCUGAUGAAAAUCAAGGAGAAAUACAUGAAGAGGGGAACGCUGGGGAGGAGGAGGGGAAACGUUUGAGAGAAGAGGAGAACGUCGAAGAGAAAGAGGGUGCGGAAAACGUAGCGGAAACAGAAGGUGGUGGUCUAAAUAAUCAAGCAGGUAGUACAAAUCCGGUUGCAGAACAAACUGCAACUGUGCGAAUAUCCAAGGCGCAGGUCAAGCAAUUCUGCAACGAAAAUGGCCUUACGUAUAAAGAAGAUAUCAGGUGGAGGCGUGGUAUUACAUAUAUAACACCGCCGCUUCCGUGGCACAUUCCUAAACAGUCGAAUAUAAUUGAAAUAUUGUCCCCCUAUAAGUAUUUUUCUCAAUAUUUUACCCAAGAUCUGUUGAACACAAUAGUAGAAAUGACAAACCUAUUCGCGGUCCAAAAUAAUGUUCAUAACUUUCCAGCCACAAAUGUCUCAGAGAUAAAAACCUUGUUAGGCAUCUCUGUAGUUCAUAUUCUAUGUUUCUUGGUUUUCUUAUGCUUUCUUCAAUUACUACGUCUCUGCUGAUUAUUAUUUUCUGUCUUAUCGGA